AUGGAGAUUCGCUCGGCUCCCACCGCACCCACGUCAUCACCACCAUCGCGAUCCAAUCGAACGGUCCAGAUUUUCGCCGUCCUCCUCGCAAUCUCCCUCUUAUUCGUCGUCGCAUACGUCCAAACCCGGCCGCCCGCAACCCCCGACGCUCUCCCCGCCGCUCUCCACACUCGCAUCGCCCUCCGCUCUCUCAUCCAACUCAACUCCACCGCAGCCUUCGGCGUCGUCCCCUCCGCGUUAAAACCCCGUCCGAACUUCGCCGCCACAGGCGGGGGAAGCAGCAGCAGCGGCACCCGCGGCACCCGCGGCGCCCGCGGUGGGGGAACCGGCGCGGUGUAUCUCCGCGAAUACAGGCAGCCAAUGGCGAACGGGAAACCCGAGUUCACGUGUUACCACACGGAACAUCUGCCCUGUAACGAAGCGGAUCGCAAGUUCGGGCCGUCGCUGGAUAUGAUCCGCGAUUUAGAGCUCUCGCGCGCGGACCGCGAGAUGCUCCACGUGCUGCGCCGCUUCCGCUGGCAGCGCGAGGAGCUGGCGCUGCAGGUGCCGCGGCGCGAGAGGAAAGUGGCGUUUAUGUUCCUCACCAAGGGAGCCGUGCCUCUCGCUCCGCUCUGGGAGCGGUUCUUCAAGGGCCACGAGGGGCGGUACUCCAUCUACGUGCACGCCUCUCCAGACUACACCUUCCCCAAAAACGCCUCCACUCUCUUCAGCAACAACACCAUCCGCAGUGAACCGGUCGGAUGGGGUCUGCCCACAAUGGUCGACGCGGAGAGGCGCCUCAUGGCUGCUGCUCUCGCAGAUCCCGCCAACCACCGCUUCGUGCUGCUCUCAGAAUCGUGCAUACCUGUGAAGAGCUUCAACUACAUCUGGGACUACCUGAUGGGCACUCGCUACAGCUUCGUCUCCAGCUUCUUCAUUGAUCGUCCCGUGUGCUCUGGGCGCUACGACAAGCACAUGCAGCCCAAGAUAACGCUCGGCCAGUGGCGGAAGGGGUCGCAGUGGUUUGCAGCCACGAGGCGGCAUGUGAACAUCAUCAUCGAUGACGACACCAUUCAUGCCCUCUUCCAAAAGUACUGCCGGGGCGACAAGUGGCAUCACCACUGCUACGCUGACGAGCACUACAUCCCGACCCUUCUCAAUAUUAAGGAGCCUGGGCGGGUGGCUAACCGCACAAUAACCUAUGUGGACUUCCCUCCCCUGCAGCAGCACCCGACCUCCUUCUUCGCUCCCAACAUCACAGAGGAUCUCUUUCAAAACAUCACGGAGCCCCUAGACUACAGUCUAAUCAACGUGGUUGAGCAUCGAGAAAAGAUUCCCCAAAGU